CAGCAUCAUCAUCCAGCUUGGUCAGAGUAGAUGUACUGGUUGAUGCAAUAAUAGGUGCCGGCUCCGGUUCCAUUUCCAAAUACGACACGUACGCAUGCAAUAGCCCGCUCGCGUUAAACUUGGGCAAACAGAUCGGGAGCCAACUCGCCGAAUUGCCCUUGACAGCCGGAGACCCAAUCGUGGCGAGCAAGACAUGA